AUGGACAAGGAGGAGGUCAGACAGCAAAUAGCAUUGACUGAGGCCACGAACUCUAGAUGCAUUACAGCAGAACAAGGCAUUAAAGGCAACAAACAAGAUAAGAAAAAGAAGAAGAAGAACAUGCCUAUGGUGAAGAAUCACCGCAAGUCGAGCAAGGCUGGUGUCGCAAAUUGCAGCAGCGUAAAGUGCGUACAAGGUGUGAACAAGGCAGCAACAAUUGGAGUGAAGUUCACAUUGGCCAAGCCAUCCAAGGCACAACUCGCAAACUCCACAAAAUCAACCAGAAAUCCUGAAUGCCCUGAGGAUGUCAGAGAAGCCAAGAGGAUUAACAGAAGGAUUGAGCAGGCCGUUGAGAUGGGAGAUAUCAGUAAUGUGCCACUGCCAGAGGAAUGGGAGAAUGACAAGAACCUUGGUUCAGAGAGCGAGAGCCACUUCAGGCUCCCCCCUCAUGGUACCUCUUAG